GCAUCGCUUACAACAAUUAAAAAUUGUACAAAAUGAAUGAGAAAUUGAACAUUAUUUACAUAUGUUUUUAUGUCUUAUUGCUUGCUGACAUUUGCUUUUGUGAUAUUGACAAGCUAGACACGGAUGAAUUUGAUAGUUUUGUAACAGCGAACCCACUUGUUCUGAUUUUAUUCAAGGCAUCGAAGGAAUGUCCAUCCUGCAACAAAGCGCUGGAGUAUUUGGAUCGUCUACCUCAGCCUGACCUUGUUCAAACAGAAAUACUGAAGAGAUAUGUAAUGGAUGAUGUGAUUGCCGACAGGCUCGGUGCAUUAGAUUAUCCUUCAAUUGUGUACUUUAGAAAUGGCAAUCCGGCUCUGUAUAAUGGGAAACUGGGAAGUGUAGAUGAUAUACCAGAACUUCUGGAGUGGUUGACACAAGCAUCACAAGUUGCUACACAAGAUCUGUUUGAGGAUUCUUUUGAACAUCUUACCCAAGCAUCCACAGGGGCAACAACUGGGGACUGGUUUGUCCUAUUUUACAAGCCAGGUUGUGAUGACUGUAUGAAGAUACUGCCAAGUGUUGAAAGUGCUGCAAUAAGUGUCAAAUACAGAAUGAAUUUUGCAAAAGUUGAUGUUGAGGUCAACAAAAAAUUAGCUGAGAGAUUCAAGAUAACAACAUGUCCCUAUGGUAUUUUGUUUAAACAAGGGAAAAUGUAUCCAUAUGAACCAGGAAAAUUUGACACACAGUCUUUGAUAGCUUUUACUGAAACUUGGUACAAAAAUGUGAAGUCUUCUCCAGUACCGAAGGAGCCUACAGCAUUUGACAUUUUGACAGAAUCUAUAGCCAUGUAUAUUAAACAACAAGUAGAAAAUCCUAACAAAAACUGGAUGUUGAUACUUGGUGUUCCAUCUGUGUGUUUACUGUUGGUUAUAGUAAUAGUGUAUGUGUUUAGAAAACCUGAAGACAGCAGACAGAAACAUGACUAAUCUUUCCUUAAUAGAGGAGUAUAUAAUUAUGUGUUAAGGGAUUUUUUUUCUGGUGUAAGUAAAAGUGUUUUAAAGAGGCAGUGGCCAGGGAUCUGGUACCUCUAGAGCUUGAGUCAAAUGGUCUGGUUACUAGACCUAUAGAUACUCGUAUUAACCUUUAGCAUGCUAGGUAAACUGUCGUCUGCUGGGAAUGUCGUCUGCUUAAAUUGUAAAGUUCAUUCAAUUUGCUCCAAAAUUGGAAGAAAUAUUGUCAGAGUAGCAAACAGCUUGGAACCUGAUCAGACGCCGAUUUAAUCGGCGUCUGAUCUGGUUCCAAGCUGUUUGCAAAGGCUGUUAAAUUCGCCUGCAGCAGGCUAAGGGUUAAAUGGGCUGUUUAGAGGUCUGGUAAUCAAAAAGAGCAUUUAAACAGCUAAUAAAAUGGGACUGAGAUGUUCCUUAUACAUGUAUAUGAGUGAAGAAUUUAUGCGUUCUUUUGUUAGCUCAAUUGUCACAAAGUGACAAGGUGAGCUAUGUGACCGCUUGAUGUCCGUCGUCAGUUGUGCGUCGUCCGUCAACAAUUUGUAAAAAAAUCUUCUUCUUGAAAACCACUGGGCAGAAUUACACCAAACUUAACAGGAAUGAUCCUUGGGUGGCCCCCUUUCAAAAUUUUUCAAAGAAUUGAAUUCCAUGCAGAACUCUGGUUGCCAUGACAACCUAAAGGAAAAUUUUUAAAAAUCUUCUUCUCAAAAACCGGAUGCCCUAGAGCUUAGAUAUUUGGUGUGAAGCAUUGCCUAGUGGACCUCUUCCAAUUUUGUUCAAAUCAUGACCCCGGGGUCUAAAUUGACCCCGCCCCAGGGUUCACUUGAUUUUACAUAGGAAAAUCUUAAAAAAUCUUCUUCUCAAAAACCAGAAGCCCUAGAGCUUAGAUAUUUGACAUUUAGCAUUGUCUAGUGGACCUCUACUAAAAUUGUUCAAAUCAUGACCCCAGGGUCAAAAUUGACCCGCCCCAGGGGUUACUUGAUUUUACAUAGGAAAAUCUUCAAAAUUUUUUAAAAAAUAAACCAGAAGGCCUAGAGCUUAGAUAUUUGACAUGUAGCAUUGCCUAGUGGACCUCUACAAAAUUUGUUCAAAUCAUGACCCCCGUGGUCAAAAUUGACCCCGCCCAGGGGUCACUUGAUUUUACAUAGGAAAAAUCUUCAGAAAAUUUCUAAAAAUAAACCAGAAGGCCUAGAGCUUAGAUAUUUGACAUGUAGUAUUGUCUAGUGGACCUUUACAAGGUUUGUUCAAAUCAUGACCCAAGGGGUCAAAAUUGACCCCGUCCCAGGGGUCACUUGGUUUUAGAUAGGAAAAUCUUCAAAAAUUUUUUAAAAAUAAACCAGAAGGCCUAGAGCUUAGAUAUUUGACAUGUAGCAUUGCCUAGCAGACCUUUACAAGGUUUGUUUAAAUCAUGACCCCUUGGGUCAAAAUUGUUCCCGCCCCAGGGGUCACUUGAUUUUACAUAUAGGAAAAUCUUCAAAAAUUUUCUAAAAAUAAACCAGAAGGGUAGAGCUUAGAUAUUUGACAUGUAGCAUUGCCUAGUGGACCUCUACAAAAUUUGUUCAAAUCUUGACCCCCCCUCCCCCACAUGGUCAAAUUGACCCAGCCCCAGGGGUUACUUGAUUGUACAUAGGGAAAUCUUCAUAAAUUUGCUAAAAAUAAACCAGAAGGCCUAGAUCUUAGAUACUUGAUAUGUAACAUUGCCUAGUAGACUUCUACAAACUUUGUUCAAGUCAUGACCCCCAGGUUGAAAUUGGCCCCCCGCAGGGGUUACUUGAUUGUACAUCAGAAAAUCUUCCAAAAAAUUUCUAAAAGUCAUCAGUUUGACAUUUGAAACAUGUAGCUCAUAUUACUCAGGUGAGCGAUCCAGGGUCAUCUUGACCCUCUUGUUUCAUAGUAAUAUGUAACAGCAGACAAAUGUGGAUUUAUUUAUUGAAUAUUAAAGUAAGUAGUAUUCAAAUAUCUAUGCAGUAAGAAGAGAAUAAUGAGCCACGCCUUGAGAAAACCAACGUAGUGGGUUUGCGACCAGCAUGGAUCCAGACCAGUCUGCGCAUCCGCACAGUCUGGUCAGGAUCCAUGCUGUUCGCUUUUAAAGCCUAUUGGAAUUGGAGAAAUUGUUAGCGAACAGCAUGGAUCCUGACCAGACUGCAUGGAUGCGCAGGCUGGUCUGAAUCCGUGCUGGUCGCAAACCCACCAUGUAGGUUUUAUCAUGGCACGGCUCGGAUCAUUUUCUGUUCUGGAAAACAGCCAGUAUGUAAAUUAAUCAUGAUUAAUGAGUAAAUAGCUGUUUAAGAAAACAUCUAGUAAGGUAUUCAUGAUAUACCAGUUGAGGAAUGAAACAUCCAGUAAAAUAUUCAUGAUGGAUGAGUGAAUCUCUAGGUAUUGACAGUAACUGUUUACUGUAACAUGAUUCAAAUUUGCGGGCAUGUAUAUAAAUUAAAUUUAUAGACUAAGUGUUCUUUUAAAGUUACUCGCCCAAAGUUUGUGUGAAAUUUUUCAACAUGUUGAUUUCCAAGUUUGACAAAGAAUGUAUAUAUGACACUGAAAAAUGAUGAAGCUGGUGGAAAUUAUUAUUAUUAUACCACAUUUAUACAGCACUCUUUUCAUUCAUAUAUACACGUUCAAAAGUGCUUCACAGAAAAAUUGCAAAAAUACUAACAAAUCUGCAUACAAAAACAAUGCAUUUCACAUUAACAAAAUUCAUAAAUGUAAAAUGUAUAAAUUAAACAGGAUAAACAUACACACAUAUUUAAAAGUAUUUAAGUUACCCUAGGAUGAAAUACUGUUCUACGCAGGUUUAUGAAGAAGAAAAAAAAGCAUAAAUGUAUAUAAAUAAAUAAAGUUAAAAAGAAAUGCUAAAAGAAUGUAAAGUUUCAGUGUUGCAUUGGUUUUCUACUUUCUGCACAAUAUUUUUGAUUUUGGUUAUUUAUAAGAAUACCUUGUAAAAAUCUAUGUCAAUAAGUUUGUACCGCUAGUCACUUUCAGAGUCCUCACUUUUUUAUGGAUUUUUUGAGAGAAAUUAUUUUUUUGCCACAGAUGUGUGGGUUAGGCUCUUUAAAAAUAGACAAACAAAGUGAAGACAGUUUUAUUUUGUGUAUUCAGGGGAGACUUUUAUAUUCAGUUGAACUGCGUUAACUCAAACUCGACCGGACCAUCAAAAUUUGGUCGAGUGAUCGAUUCUUCUAGCCAUCAAACAAAAUUCAUUAUACAGGGAUUUAUCAGGGACCUGACGACAAGUUUGAGAGAAGGGUGGUGUACAAAUUAUCCUUGUUCGAGUUAACGGAGUUUGACUGUAUACUAAAGUGUACUAUCAAUGGCAGAAUAAAGUUCAAGUUAUUUCAUUUUGCAAAUUUAUAUUUUAUACAUGAUAUUCUGGGUAUAGGGUUUUCUGUUGUUUUAGUUUAUGUUGCUUUUGUGCAGUUUCUGAUAAACAAAUGUUUUAUUGGUACAUUUUUUAGCUUACCUGAGCAGGAAUAAGGAUCAUACAGUAUAGUUUAUUUGUCUGUUCAUCUAUCUGUUUUGUCUGUCUGUCUGACAGUCUCCAUCUGUCUUCCUGUCUGCCUGUUUCUCCAUCUGUCUGUCUCUUUCUUGUUGAAAAUAGAGUAUCUUGCUAGCUCUAUAAAGAGAGCUUUAUUUUCAGUCUAACAGUUAUAGGGAUAUUGUGCCAUGCUAUGCCAUAGUGACUAAGAAUCAACAAAAACAAAGCAAAACUUUCUUAUUCUGCGUGACAAAGGGGAAUUCAGAUUUAUUCUUCCUGUCCACAGAUUAAUCACACUUUAAUAGUUAGUCAUUUGUCUGCGAGUCAAAGGGUCAUUCAGGCAUGAUCUACCAGUUGAUAGGUAAUUCAAACUUAGCCUACUUAUGAACAGGGGUCAUUCAUACUAAGUGACCCAGUCCAUGGUACAUUCAGACAUAAUCCAGCAGUCAAAGGAUCAUUCAGACAUGGAAUAUGAGUUCAGGGGUCAUUCAGAAUCAGUCUGCUGAAUAAAAUGCAAGGUACAUUCAGACGAAAGCAACUAGUCCAAUGGUCAUUCAUGUCUAAUGCACCAGUCCAAGUCUCAUUGGAAAAAAUAUUAAAAAUCAUCUGAUCCUAUUUCCAAGCCUGUUUAAUUAUAAUUAUCAGAUAACCCCAAGUAAUAUGUUGUCACUUGACUGUGACCUUGACCUACUUUCUUGUUUUUUAAGAUACAGCCAUUGAAAUUUUGAAGACAUAAACAGUUUUGCACACCAAGCGUAAAACUGAAUUUCAUUGACCAUGACUGUGACCUACUGACUUUCUUAAUAUUUUAUCAUCAGUUUGACACAUGUAGCUCAUAUUACUCAGGUGAGCGAUCCAGUGUCAUCAUUACCCCCUUGUUUCAAUUUUAUAGCAGUUGCAUAUUUUUUCUGCCUCAUUUGAUUAUUGUUUUGUAUUUUCAUUUGUUCUCUUUAUUAUCAUAAGUUCAUUUUGUUCUACAUUGUACGUAGAUCAAAAAUAUUAAUGUGAAUGACCAAAA